CUAGCCUCAUUCGGGUCUCCUCUUCUUCUCUCAGACGUGUGCCGCCGCAUAGUCCUCUCUCUCUAUCUGCGAUCAUUCUCAAGCCCCUCCCCCGCCGAUCCUCUCUUAUCAUGAUGACAAAUGGAUGAGAUCCGUUAGGGUUUAGCACUGUACCUGGAGGAUUGAGGCUAUUCCUUCACAAUCUACACUCACUUGUUUCCACAAAGUUGGAGGACAAUAACUAUCGGUCCUCGUCAUCAACUGUUGAAGCGACUUUUACUGUUCAUCGGCUUUUUAGACUGCAGAAUCCUCAUUCGUACCAUGGCUCGAACUCUGUCACCAUGGCUGGGGGAUAGUCUCUACCAAGUUUUCAUAUUGGCUCAGGACAGGUUUUUUAAUCUUGGACAAUCAUACAAAUCAGAACCGGUCAAAGAAGAAGUCAAAAUAUUCAACCGGUCAAGGUUGAUUUUUCAGGAUGGGAGACCUGAAUUGUCAGAAAAAGGAUGCUUGGUUGACCAAAAAGUUGAUCGGUAUACUUCGAAUAGUAUACCGGAUGGAGACGAGACACAACUCUGUCCCCAUCAGCGAACCAGCUCCAAUCUCAGUGGAUACCUGACGUCUUCUCCGGCGAAGCUCCAACCGGGCGACGAACCAGCGGCGAGCUCAGACUAUACCCUAGCAUCCCUUCCAGGCGUCAAGGUCUGUCCGGCGAGCGGGCAACAGCGGAAAACGACAACCUCUUCUACCAUCAACCAGCGGCACGACCUGGGAUCCGGCGAGAAGAGGACGUUGCAGCCUCCGGGUUCUGGCGACGACGAGGCUGCCUAACAGUGGCGAUGACCCGGCGCGCAGCUCAAGUCCAGCAACCAAACAAAGUAGCGGAGCAGGUUUCCAUGUCUGAAUUUUUUUUAGAGUGAAAUUACCCUUGGUUCUUUUCUUUUCUAGUACUACCUCCGUACCAAUUUAUAACGCCUGUUUCGGUUUACGAUGUUUGACUGAAAUUAUUUUCAAACCAUUUUAUAUGACAAAUGGUAUAGAAUUAAAAAAUAAAAAUUACAUAUUAAAAAACUACAUCAAAAGAUCUACAAAACUAGUAGUGAUAAUAAUAUUUUAUUUUAUCAAAUUGCUAACGAAAAUAGAGAAAGAAAAUGAAUAAAAUUUGACCAUGUGA